CAACCGAGAAUGGACAAAUCGACGGAAAAGGAGCUUGAAAAAGCGGCACAAAAAUUGACGGAUGAUAUACGGAAUAUGGGUAACUACAAAAACAUUUACAGCGAAAUCCAGAAAAUCACAGCUUCGUCAUCCGUAAGGAUGGACAAUUUUAAAAGUACCCUGGUCGAUGCCUUAAAAACGAAUGGGCUAGAGACCGAAAUACGAAAUUCAGUGUUUCAUUGGGCUCGUUCACAGGGUUCUCUCGCUCCGAGACCGGAAGUUGCUCGUAACGAGGCCGAUUUGAGCUACUUAAGAAAGGCUCAGAUCCAAUGGGAACGCAGAAUCCAAAAGUCUUUGAACUCAAUAUGUAACGAGUUGAACGUUCCGUUAGCUAGGAUCCGACCCAACGCUGACAGGGAAGAGCUCGCUGAAAAAUGGAACGAAUUGAGCACUUACGAUAUUGAUUUAUCGCAAUACAGACCUGUCUAUGCUCCCAAAGACUUUCUCGAGGUGUUAUUUUCCAUUCGAGAUCCAACUUUCAAGAAACAAAUAAACGAGCCCAAUUGGGAAUUCAGCCACAUUCAAAUUCGAGUAAAAACUCUUGCCAAACUCAGAUCGACAUAUUGCGAAUUAGCUCAUGGGGUCGCACUUCUGGGGGUUAACAACAAUAUGCCGGCUAAUGGAAAUUUUGCCAAUCUCGAAGCAGAAAGAACUCAUUUGGGGGAGAAAGUAUUGAAGAGCAACCACGCACCGGUUGCUCAAGAAUUUCUUAAACGGGGUUCUCCUCGAGCACUUCGUGGUCGUCUCUGGUCGCUCGUCCUAGGCUCAUCUGUCAAAGAAAGUGAUCUUGAUUAUUAUGAGGAAUUAAAAGGAAUGGUUUUGCAAUAUGACAUAAUGGUUGAUAAGUUGAUAAUAAAGGAUGUCCAAUUGACAGCUAGCAAUGACGACCAGUACUUUGUUUUUGAGGACGUCCUUUAUAAAACUAUGCUGUCCUUUUCGAGAGAUUCAGAAGUUUUAGCUCCUGUGACAACAGAUCGAAGUGCCGGAGGUCAAGUUAUUCAUGCAGUUCUUCAAGGAAAACCAGCUACCCUGGAAAAUACUUUGGUCUUCCCACCCAGCGGAGUAAUUCCCUUUCACGGCUUCACCAUGUAUGCUACACCGUUCUGCUAUCUGUAUGACGAUCCAUGCACAAUGUAUUACACAUUUCGUGCUUUUUAUCUGCGAUACUGGUUCAGACUGCACACUGUUUCUAGUCACGAGCAGGGUAUCGUUGCCCUUUGUUUGCUAUUUGAAAGAUUACUGCAAUGCCACGAGCCUCAGUUGUGGGCUCAUUUUCAAAAUUUGAGAAUUCAACCUAUUAAAGUGGUGUUUAAAUGGUUAAUGAGAGGAUUCAGUGGACAUCUGCCACCUGAGCAGCUGUUGUAUUUGUGGGAUUUAGUUUUGGGCUAUGAUUCUCUAGAAAUAAUUUCUCUACUCGCGGUAACUAUUUUGAGUUUUCGCAAAGAAAAUCUACUUCAAGUGAAUAACCUUCACAAUGUUGAGGUAAGCGCCUCAUCGAUUUUUAAUUCAUUAUCAUUUUUUUUAAGAAUUUCAUUGAAUUUUUUAUUUUUUAGGCUGUGCUCGCCGAUCUUUCGUCAUUGAAAGUGAUGCCAAUGUUGCAGCUUGUUCUCUUAAAGGAAUAAAAAUUUUUGAUAUUAAAGUAACAAGUCCGCAAUCAUUCUGCUUUUGAAUGCCGUGAAAUGCAAACAUCUUCAUCAAUGAAAUACACUACGAAG